GUGUUAUCGAGACUCAGACUAACAUAUUGUGGCGCUCACACGUAUGUGCGAAUAACCGCACUAGGGGGUGCUUGCUGGAUGGCAUCGAGCGAGUUCAGACCAGCUUUGACAUUCAACUUCACCAUGCUGCUACAUUCCGGCUACCGUGCUCUACCAGAUCUGCACGUCUGAACAAUUUUAUCAGGUAUGGACUUCAACACUGAUAAGUAGUAACGGUAUUCCCAAGGUAUCCCUCUAUUCUGGCCCUGGGGCCUGGGGACUCCUGGGCUAUAUUGAACCCGACUCAUUCACUUGCGAGCAUUAUGUAGCGCGGUAGCUAUCUAGAUCUCUGUCUCGCAUGCAGCUCCCAAGCCACAUGGGGCGAUAUAUAACACUAUCCAUCCUUCCCAACCCAGCGAGUCUUUGGCAUGAAGGGCGUCCUACAGUGCUUGCGUGGUCAUCUAGCCAAGUUACCACAGCUCCCCCAGCUACUGCAACAGCACAGCACAGUCCGUCUAGCAUCCUUCACGUUGUUUUUCACUGCAUUCCUCCUCUUUCUCUUGGUCGGUCUCUCUUUGCCAAUUAUCGAGUCAAUCAUAAUUAUCAAAGUAUCAGCAAUAAAUUCUGUUGAUCCCGUCGCGAAUGCAAUUACAGAACUACAAUAUGGAGUAUGGGGCGUCUGUAUAACGAGUAUGCUUAACGGUGUCGAAGCGCAAAAAGCAUGUUAUGGUCCACAGUUGGGAUACAUCAUUCCCACAAGCCUUUUGUCUCUCGUCGGGCUUUCUUCUAAGCUCGCAAAUGUUGCAGAGACAACCCUCUUGACUAUCCUUGUGCUGCAUCUUGUCGGUGCAGGACUUUCGGCUGUCGCCUUUAUGUUGUCCCUAUUCUGUCACUCUCACCUAAUCACAAUCAUCACACUCGUUGUCGCCAUCAUCACAGCAAUUCUGUCGACUGUUGUAUUCGCUGCGGACGUCGCCCUUGUGGUCGGUGUCAAAGACAACAUCGACUCCCUUUUCUCUGGAACCGACUUCGCUGUAAGCUUUGGUAAUGGCGUAUGGAUGACAUUAACGGCGAUGGUUUUGGCUUGGAUAGCAGUUAUCAUGCUAUCAGCACAGCCAUGUUACUGCUAUGGUGUUAGACGCCCAAAACUCAAGACGCCUAGAUCUGUGUCUGAAAAGGACAGUAUGGAUAAGGUCUUGGUUUAGAAUGGACAGGUCUGCCUUGUAUUUCUGUGUUCGACAAGUUACGAAUGUAAUAUUUUACGACCGCGAUGUGUUACCCAUGAUCCUAUGCAUGGUUGUCACUUAUCAAUCAAUCAUAGUAGCUUCUUUAGAUAGCGUUAGUCUAAACUUUUGACCGGUGAAAUGUGGGCGAUUUAUUACUUCCCA